AUGAGUGGCCCCCCUCCCCCUCGGACCGACCCUUCUCCCGGGCUCGUGCAGCCGUUAGGACCCCUCCUUCCCUCUCUCGGCCGCCCCCUGCCCGUCCGUGCGCCUGUCCCGUCUGGCCUCCGUCUGGUCGGGCCCUGGAAGCCUCGGGGGAGCGGGGGGAUGCCAGGGCCCGCCCUGCGCCUCCUCCUCCUGCUCCUGAGUCUGGCCGCCGGGAUGCCGAUCUCGAAACCUCGUCCGGUGGAACCUGAACCGGAGCCAGUGGCCGCGGCAGGUCGGGUAAAAGAGAAUCGAACCAAAUCAGUGAUGACCAAGACAACUUCUCCUGGACAGCUGCCACUUGAGCCCUCUGAACAGGCAAGCCUUCAGAAAGAUCAUCUGACUUAUAAACGCCUUUGGGAGAAAGAAGAGUUUGUGGUUCUUAAAAACGGAAGGGAAUUUGACCUCAAAUCCGAAAUGAGGGCAAGUACCUACAAGAACAAAAAACUCCUAUUUCAAAAUGUAGUCUUAAAAUUGCCUCUUUUUCAAGGAAAACAAGCAAACAAUGGAAUCAGAAAAGCAACUCUGCCCCAAAGAUGGUUGGGAAGGAAAAAAGUCAGCCCAGCUUUAAUAAAAACAAGGGUGUCAGCAUUGGUGAGAAAAGCAAAAAGUAUAGAUAAACACAACAUAAAUGCUGAGCUGAAAAAGGAAUUGGAACAUGCUCCAAGGAGGAAAGUAAGGCUGUCAGCAGAAACCCCCCUCCAGUUUGCCACAGCUAACCUCGACUGGUUGGCCAGAAAAUGGUGGUGGCUAAAAAGGGGAUUUUUAAAAGCACCCCUGGACUCAUUAGCAUUGACUGUAAGAAACAAUCAGGGCAUGAGAGGAAACCGAGAGAACAAUUCCAAGUCUCGAAAGGAUGCCCUCAGCGGCAGAGCAGCGCGGCAGGGUAUCAGAACAUGGAAACUGUAUAAUCUGAGGCCCUGA